AUGUACUUCAGCAAAUGGAGUACGCUACUUGGUGUGAUAGCGUCGAGCUUGGCGGACCAAGUAGUUCAUCCAGAGCUUGAUCUCUCUGACCUCGGAGGAAGCGUAGGUCUUUUAGGAUCCUUCACAGGAAUUUCCAUGUAUAAUUUUGACAACGCUACAAGUUUCAUCCAAGCAGCCAGAGGAAAUCGUUCAAGGUCCAGACCAUCACAAAACUCACUUUACCUGAGAGACCCAAGUAACAAUAAUAUCAAUAGACUUGCAACGUUCAAUGGUCAAGUGGACUCAAUAUACUCAUUGGACGAAAAUGAUAAUACUAUGCUCAUUACCGGUAACUUCACCGAAAUAAAUAACUCAACUGGAGUUGCCCCAAUAAUAUUUAACUACACCUCGGGCGAAGCAACUCAAAUAUUUUCAAAUGAUUCUAUAAACGGGUCAGUUAGAAGUGUUCUCAUAGACAAAGAAUUGGUCUAUUUGGGAGGAGACUUCAAAUUUAACAAUACAUACGGUGUGGCUGUUUACAACAUCACAUCCAAACAAGUCACUACCCCACCAUUUCAAGGGUUUGGAGAAAACUCUUCAGUAAACACCAUUGUGAAGAUCUUCGACAAUGCUGAGGAUAAUAGUGUUGACAAUGGAUCUAUUGUCUUUGGGGGUGAGUUCAAUACUUUGGGGUUAAAGGAUCUUUUGACCCAUAAUUCAACCUCAAAUAAUACUAUACCAAGAAACAUGACCAAUACCUCUCUCAUAACAGCAGAACAGGUUGUUUCUCUUAAACAUGGGAUCUUCAGCAGUGUUAAUGCCGCAUCUCAAGGUACUGAAAGCGAGAUGGUGUGUCCAUCCACUGCGCAAGAUUGGUCAUUAGGAAAUGAUGAGGGAGGACAAUGGUUGGUUGAACUUCCAGAUGAAAUGAAAGGUUUAACUCCUACAAAAGUACGAUUGUAUACCCCAACCUCGGGCGAUGAUGGAGUUCAAUUGUUUAGAAUUUAUUCCUAUCCUAAUAAUGGGAUUAUGAAUCUUUCUUACAUAGACCCUGAAACAAAUGAAUUACUGUAUUGUGAUGCUUGGUGUCCAUUGGUGACAAGUACACAAUUGAAAAACUUUACCUCUACUAAUAAGGAAAACGUUGAUGAAUUGGCUAAUGAUAGCACAUUUAUUGAUAAAUCAGAUGGUUCGUAUGCGACCUAUUAUGAUCCAACAUCGAAGACUAAAGUCCUUGGAUAUGCGUCUAAUUACCAAGAGUUUUCAUUUGAAAAUGAAGUUAGCAUUGACAAGGUUGGUUUCACCAUCCUUGGAUGGUAUGGAUCAAAGGGUGUAUUUUCUGGGUUCGAGCUUUUCCUGAACUCUAUUACCGUUUAUGGUAACAACACUUUAAACGAACCAAACUGUAAUAAUGCUGAUGAGGAAGAAAAUUACAGCUCAACAUUUGGUGGAGACUGGAAGUCUGUGAAACAAAUCUCCGCUGCGUCAAUAUCGGGAACUGAUUAUUUGGUGUCUACCAUUGACAAUGAGUCUCAAAAAGUUGGUGUAACUCUUUACCCAAACAUUUCGUACUCUGGUAACUAUUCCAUUAUUAUGACAACUCCGGGUUGUAUUCAAGAUUCCUCGUGUGAUCUAAGAUCGAUCGUAAACGUAACCGUAUACGAUGUUGAAGAUGAGAUUUUAGAUUCUCAAUUAAUUUACCAAAAUAAUGAUUACGAUAAGUUUGAUUAUCUUUUCUAUGGUCAUAUGAAUGGUAGUGCAACCAGUGAUGGUCAAAAUAAGAUUGAAAUUACUUACCAUCUGCCAAUUAAUGAAGGGUCUAAUAAUUCUUGGAUUGUUGUGGAUAAAGUGAUUGCUGAUAUUGUUUCUUUGGAUAAGUACUACGGAACAAACCAAACAAAUACUACAUCUUCUAAAUAUGGAAGCAACAUCACACAACUUUCAUUAAAUGGAUUGUUCGAAUACUCGUUAUCAAACUUCUCUUCAUUUGAUGAGAAAUUGGUUCAUCUGAAUGUAAACAACAAAUCAAUCAUCAAGUCCACAAACACAUAUGUUGGUAAUUCAUCCAUUAACUUUUUAAGUUCAAAACUUUCAUCAUCUGCUAAUGUUUCCAAGCUCUUAGUUCAUGACGAUUCAUUAUUAAUUGCUGGAGAUUUCGGGGUUAAUUCUACCAACUUGAAUGAUAACUUGAUCACUUUGAAAUUAUCCCAAUAUAAUUCAACAUCUAAUCAGACUGAAAUUUCGACAUCUCUUAAGAAGAGAGCUGAUGGGAACAAUACUGCUCAAUUAUAUGGUGCAAGCUUCUCAAAUGAAUUCAACGAUAUUGUACAAUUUAAUGAUGAAUUAGUCUUCAUUGGAGACUUUAACAUGACAGGUUCCAACUUGCAAAUCAAUAACUUAUCUAACAACAAUGAAUCAAUUUCAACUGCUUCUAAUUUUGCUGUCUAUAAUAGCCAAAAUAAUGGACAAUGGUAUGGAUUGGGAAAUAACUAUACCAACGCUCAAUUUAAUGACUUUGCCAAUAUUACCGUUAAUGACGUUGAAUUCUUCGUUUUCGCUGGUGAUUCUCAAAAAUUGAUCUGGGAUAAUACCAAUUCAAAAUGGGUAACGAACACCAUCGAUUAUACCCUCAAUAUCUCUCAGUCAUUGUCUGUUGCUGGAGAUAAGCAAAUUGUACUUGGUGAUGGAUUCUCUAUCAUGGACUUGUACAGUAUUGACCAAGCUAGAAUAUCUGGCAACAAUACCUUGUCAUCGAUGAACUUCUCUAUUAAUGGGUUUUUCAACUCGAUUGAAAGCUCUUACUAUGUGAAUGAUAGUAUUAGUGUAGUUGGGGGCCGUUUUAAUACCUCAACUGCUCAAAAUGUUGCUAUACUCAACAAUAAUGAUGGAAGCUUGCAAGGUUUAAAUGGAAACUUAACAAUUUUGAGAAACACGACUGUGCAAUCUUUAUAUGCUGGGUCUGAUACCGACUAUCUUUUUAUUGGUGUUAAUGGUCUGGCUACUGCUGGUGGUGUUUCCCAUACUGCAGGAGUUAUAAUUUAUGACUUGACUAAGGAAUCGUUUACUUCAUUUCAACCUGCAGAAUUGGCCACUUCCGAUCAAUCCUCAAUUCAAGUGAAUUCACUUGCAUUACAUGAUACUGAUAUGAAGUUAUUAGUUGGUGGUGCAUUUUCUAUGGCAGGUUCAUUGGAAUGUAAUGGACUCUGUAUCUAUGAUAUAAGUAAUACCAGAUGGAUACAACCAACCACGAAUGGAUCCCUUGAAGGUACUGUAAAUGAUAUGAUUUUUAUCACCACAGAUUCUGUCUUGCUCGCUGGUAAUUUGGGACUUGGUAACGAAAAUAGUUCGUUUGUAUCGUAUGACUUUGAAAGUAGUUCCUUUGCUGUACAAGACUCAUUGAAUACGUUAAAUUCGACAGUUACAAAAUUCAUUAAGGUGGAUAAUAAUGGAAAUUUCGGUGGAAGAUUCCUUGCAUAUGGUCCAGGAUACAUUUCUGGAUAUGAUGGUUCAAAAUGGACACGAAUUGAUGACGGUAUUGAUUACAGUUCAAUGGCCGUAUUCACAGAUUUCAAAUUGUUAACUCUUAAGGAUAAGAAUUCAAACAACACACAAACUUAUUUUGAUCUGAGCAGGAUCCUUAUUGUGACGGGUGCCUUUACAUUAAAAAACUAUGGUCUUGUUAAUGCUGCGUUGUACGAUGGAACUACAUGGAUUCCAUACUCUUACACGAACAUUCGUAGGUCAAAUAGACUCGGUCUCGUUAAAAGUAUCCUUGUUAAUGAUUUGUAUGCGUUCAAAUCUUCAGAAGCCCUUAAGAAACUUUCAAAGUUCAUGUCAAAGGGUAAGGUUGUUGGUAUUUCGUUAGCAUGCGCUAUUGGAUCUACUGCAUUCUUGAGUUUACUUUACUUGAUCCCUUACUUUGCCCUUUUUAGAAAGUCAAAGAACGACGUUUCAGACCAAAGAAUUCAAGAAAAUGAAAUGAUGGGAGCUGUAAACCCAGAGGAUUUGAUCCAUGAAAUUGAUUUACAAAAGAAGUAA